GCCGCCGCUGGCCUAACCGAGCCUCCCGGGGACUCUAGGAGGCAGGUUCGCGGCUGCCACGGGACUGAGGCCUACUUCGUCGCCUCUCAGUGCUAUUGUCCCUGGGUGGGCCUGGACGCAGCCGGGUCCACUGGGCAGGGCCAAGUGCGCCGGCUCUGCAGAAGAUGCCGGACCAAGCCCUACAGCAGAUGCUGGACAGAAGUUGCUGGGUGUGUUUUGCCACUGAUGAAGAUGAUAGAACAGCUGAAUGGGUGAGACCAUGCAGGUGCAGAGGGUCUACCAAAUGGGUUCAUCAGGCUUGUCUACAGCGCUGGGUGGAUGAAAAACAAAGAGGAAACAGUACAGCCAGAGUGGCAUGUCCUCAGUGCAAUGCUGAGUACUUAAUAGUUUUUCCAAAGUUGGGUCCAGUUGUUUACGUCUUGGAUCUUGCAGAUAGACUGAUCUCAAAAGCUUGUCCAUUUGCUGCAGCAGGAAUAAUGGUUGGCUCUAUCUAUUGGACAGCUGUGACUUAUGGAGCAGUGACAGUGAUGCAGGUUGUAGGCCACAAAGAAGGGCUGGAUGUGAUGGAGAGAGCUGAUCCUUUAUUCCUUUUAAUUGGACUUCCUACUAUCCCUGUCAUGCUGAUAUUAGGCAAGAUGAUUCGCUGGGAGGACUACGUGCUUAGACUAUGGCGCAAAUAUUCAAAUAAACUACAAAUUUUGAACAGUAUAUUUCCAGGGAUUGGGUGUCCUGUUCCUCGAAUUCCUGCUGAAGCUAAUCCUUUAGCAGAUCAUGUCUCUGCUACUCGAAUUUUGUGUGGAGCCCUUGUCUUUCCUACUAUCGCAACAAUAGUGGGUAAACUGAUGUUCAGUAGUGUUAACUCUAAUUUACAAAGGACAAUCUUGGGUGGAAUUGCUUUUGUUGCCAUAAAAGGAGCAUUUAAGGUUUACUUCAAACAGCAGCAAUAUUUACGUCAGGCACACCGCAAGAUUCUAAAUUAUCCCGAGCAAGAAGAAGCAUAAAACUGUGACUUCUGGUUCUUUUGCAGUCCUCUCAUCCAUAUGAGUCUGUUGUCUGGUUUUGAUUCCAUCAUUAGUGCACUAGUGGAGACUUGUGAUAAGCUGCUGCUCCUAUAUUUUUAACAAAUAUAAUAAAACACUUAGGGCAGGAGAAAUCCUCUCAGUAAUCACGGAACCUAAGGAUGUGAUUUGUUUUCAUUGUUUUGUAUGUACUACUUUUAAGGCAGUCACCUAAACCGUUAUCUUAGCAUGGUAAACUGGGUUCAUAUUUUCUCCAGACAGAAAUGUAAAGAUCAAUCUGUACAAAUAUAAAAAUGCACAUGGUGUUUUAUUCUGAUGCCUUUUUUGUACAUGUUCGUGUUUAGUGUUUUCUUAGAAUCAGCAUUUCAAUGAAGGUACUAUGAGGAUUUUUCACAUUGUCAUAAUUUGAUUACAUACUAAACAGAAACAUGUUAAUAUGAGGAAAUAUAAAUUAAAUUAGUUAUGAAUAAGUAACAAACCAAAAAUGUAUGUAAACAUUCAAAUUAUUAUCUGAAAAGUGAAAUUUUGUUGUUUUCCUUAACCUAUGUGAUGUUCUCCAAAAUGUAUAUGGUAAAAGUUCACAGGGCUUCCAGAUCACUUUUUCACUAUUAAAUUUUAUUUAUACAAUGUUGACAUAUCAUACUUUAUAAAGUAAUUUUGACUCAUGUAGUCUUGAGUACCAGUGUGUGUGACUGUGUCUUUCUCAUCAGGUCCGUCAAUCUCUGAAAUGAGGUUUUUAAAUCCAUAUUUCUAGAAAUUACAGCUGCCAGGUUAUAGUAGUUUGAGCAGAGAAUGGUUUGCAAGAAAACAAAAAAUUAUUUUACUUUGCCCUUUCAGUUAUUCAAAUAUUUGUUAAUCACCUAUUUGCCCCGGCGCUCUGCUGAGUGCUAUGGAUACAGUGGUGAACGAGACAAACAUGGUCCCAGCUCUCAGAGUUUACAACCUGGUUUCAUCAGAUGGGAAACCAGUGGUGAAUAAACCAAGGUGAGGGCUGGAGCUCUUUGUUUUUAUGUCAGUCAGUGAGUAACUAAUUAUGAAAACAAAGAUGUGUUGAGUAAAUUUUGAGGUUAUUGGUUUUGGGCUAAGUCAGUUUAUUAUAGAAAACCAAUACUAAUGAUUUUAGAUUUUAAUAAUUUGUCAUAUUGAUAAAGUUAGCAUCUUAAUCAUUGUUUAGUUUUGUAUUCAUUUUUCAGAAGCAUAUAUUUAUUUUAAGCCAUUUUCAAUAGAGUGGCCAUCUUAAUGUUGUUUGGCAAUCUAAAUAGUGUUUUGGUUAUUUUCAUUAAUUAAAAUUAAAAAUUUUAAAGAUAGUUCCAAAAACUAUUUUUUUGUUCUCAGUACCUAAUGUGUGACAGUAGUAAAUAUUUCCCCUUACUGGUAAGUGGCCACUUCUCUAUGAGUGUACCAAAUAUAGACUGGGCUAUGUUUAUGUUAGAUUGCAAUAAUGUAUAUUAAUUUUAGUAAUUAAUGACAUCUUUCUGUAGUAUGAAUGUCUUAACUUUGAGUUAUGGUGGUAAUAUGAAUGACUGUUGAACAUUCAGAAUUAUAAUUUCUUGGCAGGGGGAAGAUAUGACUGUGUGAGCCUUACUGAGAACACUGCUACUAUUUUAAGGGGAAAUUUUAAACCUGUGAUUAUAUAUAAAGAUAACUUAGAUUCUGUAGCUAUAAUUAUAAAGUAUAUUGGUUUUGAAUUUUUCAUAUGAAAAGAUAUAAUAAACAGACAUUUCCUGUAUAAUUUUGUUAUAUAAUAGAACAGUUCUUGGGUAGCCUUUUCUAAAGUUGCAUAUUGCCCCUUAUAUACUACUUUAAUGCCCAAGAUGGGGAAUAACUGCUGGGUUUUGUUGGCAUUAAGGCCCAUGAAGACCAGGGAAGGAACAACUCUUAAUUAUUUGAGGGCCAGAGGGAGGGGUUUCAAGUGCUACAGGGAAGGAACUACAAGUGCCUAGGGACCAGAGUGACCUCUAGCCCUGAAACUGAAUACUUUUAAGAGCCUUAGCUCAAGAAAUACCAUGUGCCAGCUUUCUAGGAAGGUGGCCUGCCCCAUCACAAAGCAACAAAAGAUCACAGGUAGACUUAAAGUUAGAUGGACCUACAUUCAAAUCCUAAUUUAGCUCUUAAUAACUGUAUGACCAUGGCCAAGUGACUUAAUUGUCACUUCUCAGCCAUAGUUCUCUUCAUCUCUCAUAUGCAAAGUAAUAAUUAGAAGGCUGUUUCUAGGGUUAACUGAGAAAUUAAAGGAAUAAAAGCAUUUUAAGCCCCUAAAGAGUAGUAUUUGUUUCUUAAUUGCUAAAUAAUCUGUACUCUAGGGAAAGGGAAUAAAGAAGGCAAAUUAAAGAGAUGAUGUAGAUUUUGGGGGUGAAUGGGUAUAUUUUGUUUUCCAGUUUAUUUUCAUAUUGCUUUUUUGUAUCAUUUGUAGAAUCUUUAAUGUUCUAAACCUCUUUCAUAAAAUCCAAUCACUAGAAUUCUUUUCUUUGCAGAUGUUAACUUAUCUUCAUUUAAGUGGCUGAAAAUGUUGUUCAUCAUUACAUGAUUAUCAAAUGACUGAAGAAUAUAAAAUUAGUGACUUAAUUAGUCACUGCCUUGCUAAUUCUGCUGUAAUUUUUUUAAACAUCUUGUUUUUAAUAUAGCAGACUAUCUCAGUACUGGCUGGAUUAGGUUGAAUAAAGAAUUUUUAUGUUCUCUA